AUGGGCAUUCCAGCUGCGUUCAGAUGGCUAUCGAACAAGUACCCGAAAAUCAUCUCGCCUGUAGUGGAGGAUCAGCCGCUACAAAUGGAAGACGGGACGACCAUUCCGGUAGAGACCACCGGUCCCAAUCCAAAUGGAGAAGAACAGGACAAUCUCUACCUUGACAUGAACGGUAUCGUUCACCCUUGCUCGCAUCCAGAGGAUCGCCCUGCCCCCAAGGAUGAGGAGGAGAUGAUGCUCGAGGUUUUCAAGUACACCGAUCGAGUAGUGAACAUGGUCAGGCCACGGAAACUACUCAUGAUCGCUGUUGACGGUGUUGCGCCACGAGCAAAGAUGAACCAACAGCGAUCGCGCCGAUUUCGCUCUGCACAAGAAGCCCAAGAGAAAGAGGUUGACAAGCAGGAGCUUCUCAAGCUUCUCAAACAACAAAAUGGUGGCAUUUUGCCACCUGAGACCCUUGAAAGCAUGAACAAGAAGGCUUUUGAUUCAAACUCGAUCACACCUGGCACACCCUUCAUGGAUACACUUGCAACCAGUCUGCGUUAUUGGUGCGCAUACAAGCUUAAUACUGAUCCUGCUUGGGCUCGACUCAAAAUCAUCAUCUCCGACGCUACAGUUCCAGGCGAAGGAGAGCACAAGAUCAUGAACUACGUCCGCUCUCAAAGAGGCUCGCCAGACUACGACCCCAAUACCCGGCAUGUCAUCUAUGGCCUGGACGCCGACCUGAUCAUGCUGGGUCUUGCUACCCAUGAGCCACAUUUCCGCGUACUGCGAGAGGAUGUUUUCGCACAAGAUGCCAAGGCCAAGAUGUGCAAAAUAUGCGGUCAAAAAGGACACGAUGCGCGCGUUUGCAAAGGCGAGGCCAAAGACAAAGACGGCGAAUAUGACGAGCAAGACAAGGCUGUAGCCUUGAAGCCUUUCAUAUGGCUUCACGUAUCCAUAUUUCGAGAGUACCUCGCUAUUGAGCUUGAUGUACCUGACUUGCCGUUUCGAUUCGAUCUCGAGCGCGCAAUAGAUGACUGGGUAUUCAUGUGCUGCUUCGUGGGCAAUGACUUUUUACCACAUCUGCCGGCCCUAGAGAUCCGAGAGAAUGGUAUAGACGCAUUAACGACCAUCUGGAAAGAAAAUCUGCCUCAUAUGGGUGGCUACGUUACCAAGGACGGCCACAUCGAUCUGAAGAGGGUACAGCUCAUCAUGGACGGCUUGGCGAAGCAGGAGGACGCCAUUUUCAAGCGGAGAAAAGAGCAGGAAGAUCGCCGAGAAGCCAACGCCAAGCGGAGAAAGCUGCAGGACGAGCGGAGUGGCAGAGGAGGCCGUGCCGACGCCAGCGGGCGCGGGCGCGGCAAACCACCUAUGGACAACGCAUCCUCCGGGCUGGCCUUGUUUCCUGUCUCUGGCUUCCCCAAUGCUGACCCCAGCGCUGUGACACAUGACAUGGUUGUUGGGCGCUCGUCGAACGCCAACAUCAACGCGAAUGCCGCCAACAAAAGCGCCGCCAAUGUCAUCAGGGAUCGAAUCCAAGCAUCGGGAGCCCAGGGCAAAUCGGCAAAUGGUGACGCAACAACCCAUCCAAAAGUCGAAGUACCUGCUGUAGCCGAAGAAGGUGCAGCCGCAGCAAGCUCUGUUGUGAAACGCAAGGCGGAUGUUCUGGACGGCCCAUCGCAAUUAACACCCAAUACCGGACCGUCCGCCGCGGAAGAGGCUGCGAUAGAUCACGUUCGAAUGUGGGAAGAAGGUUACGCAGACCGCUACUAUGAGCAAAAGUUCCACGUCGAUCGUAAUGACAUCGCCUUUCGUCAUAAGGUCGCACAAGCCUAUGUUGAGGGGCUUUGCUGGGUGCUUCUCUAUUACUAUCAAGGCUGCCCGUCUUGGGAUUGGUACUAUCCCUACCACUAUGCGCCAUUCGCGGCUGAUUUUGCCGACUUGGACAAGAUCGAGAUUAGCUUCGAGAAGGGGCGAAUCUCGAAGCCUUUUGAACAACUCAUGAGUGUUAUGCCAGCUGCAUCUCGCCGUGCACUUCCAGAGGUCUUUCAUGAUCUCAUGCUCAACGAGGACAGCGAAGUCAUAGACUUCUACCCCCAAGAGUUCGAGAUUGACCUCAAUGGCAAAAAGUUUGCUUGGCAAGCCCCUCACAAGUCCAUGCUCUUACGCGGGCUGAAGAUGCCUACCACAGCUCUUGGUCGGUCUGACAUAGAGCAGCUGAGGAACAAGUCCUCUCGCUCGGGUCGAGGCGGUUGGGGCGGCGCCCCUUCAGGACGGUAUAAUGACGGUGGGCGCGGCCGAGGCCGCGGAGGCGGCUACGGUGGUCGUGGUGCCUUUCACUACGCAGAAUCUGGAGGCAGGGCCCAACAACACUCCUCACAUUACCAGAACGGUUCCGCCUCCCGCGACCACUAUGGCGCCCAGAAGGCACCACAUCCGCCUUCAGCGUGGCAACCACCUCCACCAGGUCACCCUGGCUUUGGCAUGGGUCUUCCUCCCCCACCCCCCCCAACACACUUCAACAAUGGCCGCCCGAGUACCUAUGGACUGUCUCAUGGAAGUCACGAAGCAUCUCCGCCAUACCAGAACUCGUAUCCCGGCCGAGAAGACUAUGGAUCAAGAGGUCGUGGAAGCUACCAGGCAAGAGGAGCUGGACGUAGUCAGAAUUACCAUGGCGAUAGGCAACAGCCCUAUCGGAGAUGA